GGCACAUAAUCCGAAGCAAUAUUUUUAUCAUAUAUGUAGCCCAUCGCCUCCAGCAGCCUACCUCUUGAACAGUACAGUACUCAGUACUACAGCAUCAACCGCUCUAUUUCCCUCCAGAACCAUCAAUCUCAAGCCUUGCUUCUGACCUACAACCAUCCACAAUGGGCGCAUCCACCAUCCUCAUCUCGACCAUCCUAGCCCUCGGCGCCACUGCUCUAACAGCAGUAGCAGCAGCCACCACCACAAACACCACAGCGACAACCAGUCCAUUCCCCAGCACCCUCAACAUCACCACCCUGACAGCCCACAACAACCACUCCGUGCUCGAAUGCUGGGCCCUCCAACCGGGCUACUCCCUCACCUCCGAGGCCGGGGUCUCCGGCAACGCCGUCCUCAAUCUGGGCCCCAUCACCGGCAACGCAACCAACAUCCUCAUCCCCGCCAACUAUGACGGCGGCCAACAUAAUGCUCCCGCGCUGCAAUGGGUGAUUUUCCUCUCCGGAGUGGCGCACAUCACGCUUCCGACCUCCGCGGACGAGGCGUGGGUGACCGGGGGCAAGAACGGGGCGAUCCUGGCGCUGGACACCCAGGAGGUGAGCGCGGAGGGCCACGCGACGACGUAUCCGUCCGGUCAGAUGACGGUGGCGGUGGAGGUGCCCUUGGCGGAGGUGCCGGCGCAUCGGGUGUUGCAUUCGGGGGCUUCCGGGUGA